AUGGCUGGCGGCAUCACGGAUACGGGAGAGCUUUACUCUCCCUAUGUGGGUCUGGUUUACAUGUUCAACCUCAUCGUGGGAACAGGAGCCCUGACCAUGCCGAAGGCCUUUGCAACAGCAGGGUGGCUCGUCAGCCUCGUUCUCCUCAUGUUCCUGGGAUUUAUGAGUUAUAUGACUACGACCUUUGUGGUGGAAGCCAUGGCUGCUGCAAAUGCCCAGCUGCGAUGGAAGAGAAUGGAGAAACGCAAGGAUGAUGAGGAUGAGGAUUCUUCCUCUGGUGUAUCUGACACUGAUGUUCUCCUCCAAGAUGGCUAUGAGCGAGCAGAGACACGGCCUAUCCUGUCAGUUCAGAGACGUGGCUCACCCAAUAUCUUUGAAAUUACUGAGAGGGUGGAAAUGGGCCAGAUGGCUUCCAUGUUUUUCAACAAAGUGGGUGUCAACCUCUUCUAUUUCUGCAUAAUUAUCUACCUCUAUGGAGACCUGGCAAUCUAUGCAGCAGCUGUACCAGUCUCUCUCAUGCAAGUGACCUGCAGUGCCACUGGCAACCAUUCUUGCAGUGUUGGAGAUGGCACAAAGUACAAUGAUACAGACAAGUGCUGGGGGCCAAUUCGACGGAUCGAUGCUUACAGACUGUACCUGGCAGCGUUCACUCUCCUCCUUGGUCCUUUCACCUUCUUCAAUGUGCAGAAGACCAAGUAUCUUCAAAUCAUGACGUCCCUCAUGAGAUGGAUAGCUUUCAUCCUCAUGAUUAUUCUGGCUCUCAUCCGCAUCAGCAGAGGCCAAGCUGAAGGUCACCCGUCCAUGGCCCAGCUCUCAGGCAUCCGCAAUCUUUUUGGGGUGUGCGUCUACUCCUUCAUGUGCCAGCACUCUCUGCCAUCCCUCAUCACACCCAUCUCCAAGAAGAAGCAUGUCAACAAGCUCGUGCUGCUCGAUUACAUCCUGAUCCUGGCUUUCUACAGCCUCCUGUCGUUCACUGCCAUUUACUGCUUCCGCAACGACACCCUCAUGGACAUGUACACACUCAACUUCACCAACUGUGAGAUCAUCAACGUUGCCUUCAUUCGUUACUUCCUGGGCCUCUUCCCAGUCUUCACCAUCAGCACCAACUUCCCCAUCAUCGCAGUGACCCUGCGCAACAACUGGAAGACCCUUUUCCACAGGGAAGGGGGGACCUACCCAUGGGUGGUGGAUAGGAUUGUCUUUCCUGCCAUCACGCUUAUUCCCCCAGUGCUGGUGGCUUUCUGCACCCACGAUUUGGAGUCCUUGGUGGGGAUCACAGGAGCUUACGCUGGGAAUGGGAUCCAGUAUCUCAUCCCGGCUUUCCUCGCGUACUGCAGUCGGAAGGACACUCAGCUGGUCUUUGGCAGUGGGACAGUUAACAAACACCUCUCCCCUUUCCGACACACCUUCUGGAUUGUGUUUGUGCUCAUAUGGGGCUUUUCUUGCUUUGUGUUUGUGACUGCAAACAUUGUCCUGAGCGAGCCAAAACUCUGA